AUGUUGCAAAAUCCAUUGAUAUUUAUCUCUGUAUUUGUUUUAUUUAUUGGCAGUCUUGUGCAACAAUCUCAAUCAAAUGUUCAGAAUUGGAAUGAAGAUAGACAUGAUAAAUUACUAUAUCGACAAAUAAGAGAAGUACAACCUUCUCAAUCGGAAUCACAACCAUCGAAGAAAAUUGCUGAUUCUCCAGUUAAACCUUCUUCCCAUAAUGAAAGAUUAUCCGAAUCAGAAUCAUCUUCUGCAUCACUUGCUAACAGUAUAGAAUGUAAAGUUGAUGUACAAAAAUAUUGUACUAAAGGUGGCUCAAAAUCUAUUCCUAAUUUGAAAGUAUUACAAUGUAUUGAUGAUCUUGAUAAUGCUGCAGAUGUGAUAAGUAAAGAGUGUCAAAAUCGUAUUUAUAAAUUUAAAUACAAUAUGACACGUGAUGUACGUUUUGAUGAUGGAGCAAUUAAAUUCUGUGCAAAAGAUAUUAAAUUAUUAGAUGAAUGUAAUGAAUUUACAGAUGAACGUGGAACCGGUCGUCUUAUUUCAUGUUUAUAUGAUCGUUUGUCUAAUAUAACUGAACCACCUUGUCGUCAUUAUAUUAAUCAAUUACAAUCAAUCAUAUUUACUGAUUGGCGUUUAUCGGAAUAUUUUGCUAAUGCAUGUUGGAAAGAUAUCACAGAACUCAAAUGUGGACGAUUAGAUGAUGAAAACAAUACUAUACCACAUAACCAAGGUGCUGUCAUUGCAUGUUUAUCAAAAAACCAUAAAGAUUUAUCUAAAAUAUGUUCGAAACAUACAUUUCGUUUACAUGAAAUGCAAUCAGAUGAUUAUCAUCUUGAUCGUGCAUUAUACUAUGCAUGUCGUGAGGAUCGUGAACAUUUUUGUUCUCAAGUUUCAAGUGGAAAUGGUCGAGUUUAUCGAUGUUUAUAUGAAAAUAAAUUUAAUACUAUGAUGUCAACAGCUUGUCGUAAAGAAGUGCAUCGACGACAAAAACUAGUCGUUUCCAAUGCUCUGUUAGAUGCACCAUUGAUUCGAGCAUGUAAGAGUGAAAUGAAUGAACAUCAAUGUGUUAAUAAUCCACAAGAUCCUGAUAAACAAUUAUCACUUGUUAAUUUACUUCUUUGUCUUGAAGAUAGAAUUAAAAAAGGUAAUCAAAUUAAAGAUGAAUGUCGACGUGACAUGCUUAUUCAUCGUCGUAUGUUAAUGUCGGAUUAUGCUGUUUCACCUGAAAUUAUUUCAAAAUGUAACACUGAAAUGAGUCAACAUUGUUCUUCAUUAUAUCAAAAAGGUUCUACUGGUACAAUUGAUCAACGUGGUGGUCGAAUGAUUCAUUGUUUAUUAAAUGCUGCACGUCAAGAAAAUAAUUUUAGUCGUGAAUGUUUAUUUAAUAUUAAAUCAUUAAUGCGUGCUGUUGAUCCAGGUAAUGAUAUACGAGCUGAUCCAUUACUUGAAACAGCUUGUCGAUCUGUCAUUGAUACAUUAUGUACAAGAGUAAGAUCUGGUGAUUCAAAUGUAAUUAUGUGUUUAUUGGAUAAUUUAAAAAAUACUCGUAUGACAGAAGAAUGUGAAGAUCGUCUUAUGGAAGUUGCUUAUUUUAUGGCACGAGAUUGGAGAUUAACACCAAGAUUAUUAGGUGCAUGUCAAAAAAAUCUUAUUGAUUUAUGUAAAUUACCAUCAAGUUGGUCAAUGAGUAAUAAUAUGAGUGAUGUUCAAUUAGGACAAUAUUUAAGUUGUUUAUAUCAACAGAAACAACAAUUAAACAGUGUUUGUCGUAGUGAACUUAAAAGAAUAAUGAGUAUUCGAACGAAAGCAAUUGGUUUAAUGCCUGAAAUUGAAGAUAAUUGUAUAACAGAUUUAGCAACAUGUAAAAAUCCAGAAAUUAAAGGAGAAGAAUUAAAAUGUUUACAAAAGAAAUAUAAAAAACUUGAAAGUGACUGUAAAUCAGCUAUUCAAAAAUAUACAAAAAUGACAAUAUCAGAUCCAACUGUUGAUUUUGUUCUUAUGAAAACAUGUGAACCAAUGAUACAAAUAUUUUGUUCAAAUAUUGAAGCUGGAAAUGAAAAUGAUUUACUUCGUUGUUUAAUUAAAAAUAAAAAUAAUCAAAAAAUGGAUUUUCGUUGUAAAACUAAUAUUGAACAUUAUCAGAUAAUGAGUUUAAAAGAUGAAGCAUUUUUAAGUGAACAAUUUCGACAACAUUGUGAUCAAGAAAUAACUAGUCAUUGUUCAACAAAAAAGACAAAAGCAUCAGUUAUUCAAUGUCUUGCUAAUCUUGUUCUACAAGAUGUUAGAAAGAAACAAAAUCAAAUAAAUGAAAAUUGUCGUAAUGAAUUAAAAAUUGAACUUCUUCAACGUAGUGAAAAUAUUAAUCUUGAUCCAUUAUUAGCUAAAGCAUGUCAAAAUGAUAUACGUAAAUUUUGUUCUUCUCGACUUGCAGGCAAUGCUCAGAUUAUUGAUUGUCUAAAAACUAAUCAUAAUAAAGUAUCAGAAACAUGUUAUGCUAAAUUAAAAAAACGUGAAAAACUUGAUGUUGUUUUACCUGGAGCUGAUUAUAGUUUAACAACAAAAUGUGCUCCACUUAUUCAAAAAUAUUGUGCGAAUGAAAAUAAACAAAAUAUUUUAUUAUGUUUACGACGUAAUAUCAAUCAAGAUAGUACACCAAAUAUAUGUCGAACUGUUUUAUAUCAUCGUUUAAUGAUUUUAAAUAGUGAUGCUCGUUUUAAUAAAGGUUUAAUUGAAAAUUGUCAAACUGAUAUUACUCGAUAUUGCUCAAAUGAAAUUAUCGAUGAUGAUAAUGAUGGCGAUGAUGAAUCCGAUGAUGGUGAUGAUAAUGACAAUAAUAAUAAUAAUAAUAAUAAUGAUGAAAAUACUGAUGAUAUAAAAGAUCGCGAUAUGGGUGGUCGAAUAAUUGGAUGUUUACGUUCAAAAUAUGCUAAUACACAAGUUGAAUUAGAACCAAAAUGUAUUACAGAAUUAAUUGAUGUUAUUCAAACAUCAAAACUUGAUAUUGAAAUUGAUGUUAAACUUUAUCAAAAAUGUAAGACUACCAUUAAUGCAAAUUGUCCAGGUGGUGAUAAAGAAGAUUGUCUAAAAUUAUUAUAUCAAAAAAAGCAACUUGCUGAUGACGGUUGUAGACAAGAAGUUACACGUAUUAUAAGAGAAGGAAGAGCUGAUAUACAUACUGAUUCGGCAUUAUCAACUGCAUGUCAAUUUGAUAUUCUUAAAUAUUGUAAUGAUAUCCCAAUAGGAAGUGGUAAACAAUUAAAAUGUUUAAUAAAACAGAAAAAUUCUGUCUCGAGUUCUUGUCGAAGUAUUUUAUUAAAACGACAAGAAUUAUGGAAAAGUAUCUCUCAUAUAGAUGAUAUCGAUGAUUUAGCAAGACAAAUUGUCGAUUCGAAUAAUCAAAUAUAUAUCUAUGCAGUUAUUCUUACAAUAUUAUUUUUUAUAUUUAUAGCUGGUUGUCUUUGUCGUCCAUGCGUUCGAUAUCGACGUAUGCAAGGCUAUAAAAGAAGUCGCUAA